GGGAGAGACACACAUGAUAGGUAAAGGGACCCUCCUCCCAUUAUUAUGGCAUGUGAGACCAAAUAGGAAGGUCUCCUCCACCUCCCCCCUACCCCCUUCGGCCAUACCACCCAAAAUAGAGAGAAGAAGUCUCCAACAUCUCAUUUCCAUGUCCAAGAACCGAGCUCAAGAAUUGAGGGGACUCAAAGAAGAAGAAAAGCUAGCAUAAGUGAGGAAAAACUUGGAAAAUCAAGGAACCUAGGAGUGGCCGGAAAGUCGCCGGAGCGGCCGGAGGUUUCGCCGGAAAAUUCAAAGGUCGUCGGAGUUCAAACAAAGGGGAUAAAAACUCGCUAGCGUCAUUUCAAGGUUGAAGCUAGAGCUUACUUCCUGCACCCGUUGCUCGGGAGAUCGAUGGAGAGAAGACGUGGUUCGUGCUUCCUCUCGUUCUAUUUUUUUUAAAUAAUUAAAUAAUGCUCAUGGAACUAUUUUGACUUAUAAAUUAAAGGAGCCUGCGAGCUCUUGUUUUACCCUUGUGUGGGUUCUUAUUAAACACUUAUAUUCCGCUAUGUGUUUGAUUGUAUGUUGAUGUUGUUAUGUAUGUUUACUAAUCGGUUUUGGCAUAUGUAUCUAUCGGACGUCUUGUGCAAUUCGGUAAGGAUGAACUGCGGUUAUUCUUAUUGGGUUGUACGACGGUUGUCCACGUGGCACAGACGCGGUCUGGGGCGUGACAAUUAAGUGGUAUCAGAGCCAUACGAUUUCUAAACUAUAUAGUCAACCAUUCAACAGAGUUUCUAUCAAAACAGUUUUCAAUGAAAAACCAUGAGCAUAAGUUUUGUACUUUAAGAGCACAUGGUUAUCGAGUUGCAAGGUCUCUGGUUGUUAAGAUGGGCCCCUUAACAAUUGGUAUGACAGUGACUAGAGCCAAGUUGUGUCUUGAGUACGUUUCUGUCAAUUGGCAUUCAAACGAGUCCAAAGACUCAUUCCAACAUAUUCUUUCAGGAAUGGGUGGUAGUGAUAGGGCGGUUCGAGGAAAUCCGAGAGGGCGCGCCCCGGGGAUAGCCGGGCAAGCCAAUCGGGGAAUAUCAAGGUCGCGUAAAAGGCGAGGUAUGGGCAACCAAGGCCCACGAACACGAGCCACGAUGGCUGAUCACAAUGUGACUGAAUUCGAGUCGUGGAACUCAGAGGAUGACUCAACUUAUCACCCUGAAAGCGAGUCAGAUGAAACUUCCUUUGAGGAAAACAGUGGAGAGGAUAUACGUAGUAUUCCUCCGGACCAUGUUAGUGAGAUGUACCGAUGGUACCAACGUGAAAUGGGAAGACAACGACAGGGAUCUCAGGAGGGACAUGUCAGAGGCGAGACCUCUCUCACGAGGGGUCAGGGUGCUCAUAGAGCACAAGUUAGGACAGUCAGAGAUUCUGAUGACGAAGGACCAUUCAUUAAGAUCUCAAGGUACCUCAAAGAGGCUAGAGCCUUGGGGUGCAAGUCAUUUGAUGGAACGGGGGACAUAUCGGAAGCAGCCGAGUGGAUAAAAAGGUUGAAUGAUGCAGCUGAUGACAUGCAAGUGGUCCCUGAACGAAAGUUAAGGGUAGCCACUAGAUUAUUGGAGGGUUUAGCUUCUACUUGGUGGGAAGGCACCAAGGGUAAGUUUGAUGGGGUUGUCACGUGGGACAACUUCGAGCAAGCAUUCUAUGAGCAGUUUUACACCUCUUUCGAAGUAAAUCGAAAGAGGAGGGAAUAUAUCGAUCUCAAACAGGGAAAUGAGUUUACGGUGAAGCAACUGGAACAAAGAUUCCGACAUCUGGCAAGGUUCUUGCCUGAGUAUGCCGCAAAUGAGAACCGAAUGGCAAACCAUUUUUGGAAUGCACUCAAUUUGGAAAUACGCGAAAGAGCGACCUACCAAUUCAACAUGACUUUUAGUGAAGUAGUAGCCCAGGGUCUCCAGGGGGAGGAGCUUUGGAAGGAAAGGCAAGCAAGGGAUGCAAAGGAAGCACAAGAAAGAGAUCAGGUGAUCAUUCACCCUCCACGACGAGAGGGAAAGUAUGAACUUCAGAGCAAGGGGAACUCUAACAAGUCAGUUCCGUUUUUCAGUGAGAGCCAGGACUUGGUAAGUCAAAGCUCAAUCACUCGAGGCACGGGGGCACCCAAAUGCGAGAAUUGUAGGCGAAGGCAUUACGGGAGAUGUCGAGAGCCAUCUAGAUGUUACUUUUGUGGAGAAACAGGCCACAUCAAGGUCCUUUGUCCUCAACGUACGCGUGAAGGAACAUCAGGAGCUAGAGGAGGGGUCACGGGGGUUGAAAACCCAACUAGGGUUGCCUCAAACAUGGUACCUUCUACAAGUCAAUGGCGAACUCGCUCGUGAAGGCCAGGAAUGGCGGAAGCCAUUUGUUAGGCCCGAUUAUGGCAUAAGGUAUUAUUAAAUCAAACCUUAAUUUCCAUAAAUAUUUUUAUGUUCAAAAUUUUUAGCUUCAGAAAAUGAAGGGAGGAAUGUUUCUCAAGGUUCAGACGUUAAUUUCGGGGACGAAAUUCCUGUAAGGUGGGGUGAACUUGUAACACCAGACCCGAAUUUUACUGUGAGAAAAUUUUUUCAUCAAGUACUGGGUUAAAGAAGGUAAAUCAAGGCUAAGAGUAGUCUUGAUAAAUGAGAAAGUAAAAAUUUUGUCUUAAAUUAAUAAAGGAUUAUUAAUUUAGACGUGGGGACCACUCAUGAUAUUUCGAGUUUAUAAAAUAUUAAUGUUUAUCAAAAUGAUACUAUUAUGAUAGUAUGGAUGGUUCCUGGACCCCGGUAAUAUAAAGAAUGACAACUAGACGGCCAAACGGGUCGGUGUAACUAUUCGAUAAUUGUGAGUCUUUGAUUAUCGGACUGGUAAUAAUUCGGAAGGCUGCGAAUUAAUAACAGAAGGAAUAUAAAUAUUUUAAGAACCCAAAACAUGGGAUGAUGGAUAACAAUGAGCAACUUGACAUGUUAGAGGUGGGUACUUUUGGAGGACCCUACCUUGGAGAUAUUUUGUAUAAGAAUAAACAGAUAAGAUUUUGUCUGUUCAUACAGUUCGGACCACUUAAAAAUAAGUGUAACAUUUUAUUAAAGUGUCACCAAAUAUGAAACCACAUAUUAAGUAAUGAGAAAUGACGAGUGAAUUUUCGAGGCAACGCGUUCUUAUUUUUACUGUUACUUCAACAGUAAAAUACACGUUGGGCCCACACGUGGGCGGCGACCAUCCGAUAUUUACGGACCACAUAUUAUAUUCAUCUUGGUUUAGAUAAUAUUUAUAUGAUGGUGUAAAUUAAUGUGAGCCAUAAAGUUGGCCUUUCAAACAAACGAGGUCCCAUCAUCGGUAUAGUUAAUUAAUCAGAUAACAGCCCGAAAUAAAUUCCGGGGACCACUAAAUUGAAGUUGGGUAAUAUAUAUUCAUUUUAGAGUCCAAUAUUAAUUGGAAGAAUGAUAUAUAUUUUACUUAACCCGAUAAAAUAAAAUAUAAUUAAAACAGUCCAGAAAAUACAACUUUCGGGGCCGAAUGUACACUUCGGGACAUAUUGGGAUGACCUCCCACACGAGUGGGGGCCACCCCACGUUUUUUAGUCUAAAAAUAAGUGAUGAGAUUAUGAGAGUGAGGUGUGUGAUGUGUGAGGGGAUGGGAGAGACACACAUGAUAGGUAAAGGGACCCUCCUCCCAUUAUUAUGGCAUGUGAGACCAAAUAGGAAGGUCUCCUCCACCUCCCCCCUACCCCCUUCGGCCAUACCACCCAAAAUAGAGAGAAGAAGUCUCCAACAUCUCAUUUCCAUGUCCAAGAACCGAGCUCAAGAAUUGAGGGGACUCAAAGAAGAAGAAAAGCUAGCAUAAGUGAGGAAAAACUUGGAAAAUCAAGGAACCUAGGAGUGGCCGGAAAGUCGCCGGAGCGGCCGGAGGUUUCGCCGGAAAAUUCAAAGGUCGUCGGAGUUCAAACAAAGGGGAUAAAAACUCGCUAGCGUCAUUUCAAGGUUGAAGCUAGAGCUUACUUCCUGCACCCGUUGCUCGGGAGAUCGAUGGAGAGAAGACGUGGUUCGUGCUUCCUCUCGUUCUAUUUUUUUUAAAUAAUUAAAUAAUGCUCAUGGAACUAUUUUGACUUAUAAAUUAAAGGAGCCUGCGAGCUCUUGUUUUACCCUUGUGUGGGUUCUUAUUAAACACUUAUAUUCCGCUAUGUGUUUGAUUGUAUGUUGAUGUUGUUAUGUAUGUUUACUAAUCGGUUUUGGCAUAUGUAUCUAUCGGACGUCUUGUGCAAUUCGGUAAGGAUGAACUGCGGUUAUUCUUAUUGGGUUGUACGACGGUUGUCCACGUGGCACAGACGCGGUCUGGGGCGUGACACAAGCAAUUGUAAGAACCACGUCCAACUAGCACCAUUCUCACUAUCUACCACUCCAAAUGCUAGCGGGUAGAUUUCACGGUUUGCAUUCAUUGCCACCGCGACUAGAAGAUGACCCUUGUACUUGCCAUACAAGUGAGUUCCAUCAAUUGACACCACCGGAAGACAAUGAUUGAAGCCGUCAAUCGCCGCUUUUAUUGACCAAAAUGCAAAUUUAAACUCAUAUGUACCUUGGGUGUUGGUGUUAUCAGUUUGAAUAUCAAUUAUGCUCCCUGGAUUAGUAUACGCCAUUGCUUGUAAGACAUUUGGGAGAUCGUUGUACGAUGUCUCCCAAUUGCCGAACCGUUGCUCCAAAGCUAAUAUACGCGCAUACCAUGCUUUCUUAUAUCCAAC